AUGUCAUCCGAACCAAUAAAAGUUGUCUCUUUGGCUAGCGCCAAUAAUCCUGUUGACAGAAUCAACAUGAGUACAGGUAUUGACAAACCAUUUGAAACUCAGAUUUCUACUUCUGUCACUGCUGUUACUGCUGCUAAUACCGUGGCUGCUACAGCCGGUACUGCUGAAUUGGUAACCUGUGAUAUUCCAGAUCUUGAUAAAGAUUUGGACGAUGAGGCCUAUAGCCAGUAUCAUUAUAAUUAUGCUUCUGCUCUGGAUGGAGUCAGCGAGGAAAAUGUUGGUUUGACUUGUCUUCCUAUUCAGAAGAAGACCCAGACUUUCCGUAAAGGUGUGAACUUUACUAUUAUGGUUGUUGGCGAAUCUGGUGUUGGUAAAACAUCCUUUAUAAACACUUUGUUUGAUUCGAAAUUGAUUGAAUCCGAUAUCACCAGUUCUGCUGCGGACCUAAGUGAGGAUGAGCUUCAAAUACAUCUUCCAGCCGGUAAUUCUUUUGAAAAAAAGACUACCAGGAUCACCCCUUAUCGGAUGGAUUUGAUUGAAAAUAACUUUAAGAUGAGAUGUACAGUUAUCGAUACUCCCGGUUUUGGUGAUUAUAUCGAUAACAAGUAUUGUUGGUAUCCAAUUACUCGGUAUAUAGAUGAGCAGUACAGAAAACUUGUUUACCAAGAGACGCAGCCAAACAGAUCCACUUUGGUUCACAGCGAAGUACAUGUGUGUCUUUACUUUAUUAAACCCACUGCAGUCGGGUUGACUAUUUUGGAUAUUGAAGCUCUGAAGAAUUUGGCCUCCAGAGUCAAUUUGGUUCCGAUUAUUUCAAAGGCCGAUGGUUUCACCGACAAUGAACUGAGCUCUUUCAAACAGAAGAUUAGGGAAUCUUUGAAAAUUAACGGCAUAGAAUGCUGUCAGUUCGUUAGGGAUUCAAAGACUGCGGAGGAUAUGAUUUCUCGAAUGCCCUUCUCUAUCAUCAACUCUACUGAUUGUUACAAAAACGAAGAUAAAGGACUCGUUCGAGCCCGAAAGUACAGCUGGGGGUUGGCAGAAGUCGAAAAUCCUGAUCACUGCGAUUUUUUGAUGUUAAGAGCCUUCUUGAUGGGGUCCCAUAUGGGAGACUUGAUCUUGUCUACAGAAAAUUACUACGAGAAGUAUCGCAGGGAUUUUAUGAGGUUUCGAUUGGGAAUUUCAGUCCAAAAGGUUCUUGCUACUCCAGAAUUGGAGGCCUUAGGAUUGGAAGUAAAAGAAUAUCCUACAAACGUCAACAGUUUUAACAACACUACUCCGAGAUCCAAGAGUAGUUGGAAAUCUGCUACUCUUAGAGAGGCUAAAGCGGGAGCUGUUGAAUCCAGGAUUUCAUCCCAAAGCUUGGAUCAAUUGACGAAUAGUCAGGAUGCAGUUACCGUUUUAAAGUUAAUGGAUAAAUUUUCUUUAACAUCAACAGAGAAGGAAUUGGUUUUAUUGAAUCCUGCAUAUCUGGACCUGGAGAAGUAUGUGAAGCAAAAAUUCACAGCCGACGUAAGGAAAGAAAAUAUUCGAUUUAAAAGUUGGAAAAGAGCACUAUUUGAAAGACAGGACAAGUUCAACAGAGAUAUUGAUCAGAUUCACGACAGAGUUCACCGUCUUCAACAAGAAAUUAAGAAACUUGGUGGUGAAGAACCUUAA